AUGAGCCGAGUUCACUACACUGACUCCAAUCUAGACUCUCCAAGAUCCAACAACAACGCAGCUACUAGAAGAGUCGAAGGAGUCUGGGAGUCAGAGAAGGUCGAAGCACCAGAACGACAUCGAUCUCGCGACAGGAGAUCGCCCUCGCCUCCUGCCUACGACCGCUCUCACCGUUCCGUACCUCGAGACGAAUCAGACGACGAAGCUGUAGCUGCAGCCGCAGAUCUCGAACCUAAAGGAUCUAGAGGGCUUGGCCAGUUUCUGAGACGGAGGACGAGCAACCGCGUAAGAGGUCAACGUAGGGAGCGUGUCAGAAUGGUCGGGCAGCAAUUGCAAGAUCAUCUUCACCACGCCUUUCGAGGCUGGUUCAAAGAAACCGAGAGCGAUGGCACUCCCGUCUUGCCCGGCCCAUUGUCUAAGAAGUACAACGUCUUGUCGACCGUCCUAGGCCAAGGAUCUUUCGCCGUCGUCAAGGAAGUUGUAGAGAAAGCCACGGGCGAGCAUAGGGCGCUCAAGAUCAUCGCCAAGAGACCUUUGAAGGAGAACAGCGAGAACAUGCUCAAAGAGGAGAUCAAGAUCCUUGAACGAGUCGAGCAUCCCAACAUCAUCAAGAUGUGGGACCUUUACGAGACAAAGGAAGGCGUAUUCAUCGUCACCGACCUCUGUCGCGGCGGCGAGCUCUUUGAUCGCCUCGUCGAGAAGGUGCACUAUAACGAGCUCGACGCACGCCACAUCGUCAAGCAGAUCUUCGAAGGCGUCGAUUAUCUGCACAAGCACGACGUCAUCCACCGCGACCUCAAGCCGGAGAAUAUCUUGCUCAGAGACAAGGGAGACCCGAGCGACAUCGCCAUCUCUGACUUUGGCCUGUCGCGCUUCAUCCCCGAGGAGGGCUUGCUCAUGACCGCGUGCGGAUCGCCUCAAUAUGUCUCGCCUGAGGUGUUACUCGGCAAAGGCUAUGGCUCAGCAGUCGAUAUCUGGUCCAGCGGCGUCAUCGCCUACUGCCUCUUGGCUGGCUACACGCCCUUCUAUGGCGAGGACCAGCCUACCCUCUUCCAGGAGAUCGUCAAGAUGAAAGUCGUCUUCGAGCCCGAGUACUGGAGUGACAUCAGCGAUACGGCAAAGGACUUCAUCCGAAAAUGCCUCUGUCCCGCCGAGAAGCGCAUGACCGCCAAGCAAGCCCUCGCCCACCCGUGGCUACGCGAACUGCCGCCGCUCAACGUCAAAGACGAGCAUCGAGGCGCCUGCCUGAAGGAGAACGCUCUAAAGGGGCUCACGGCGCGCCAGAAGGUCGCAAAGGCCGUCACUGCCAUUGAAGCGGUCCACUAUCUUCAGCGCCUCCACGACCUGCGCACUGAGCACUCUGCCGACGAGACGUCGACUGACCACCUGUCCAGGCUACUUCGAGCUGCGACGCACCUACACCUCUCAUCGACGGAGCAGGAGCUGGCAAAUGACGAGGUGCGACAAGACGAUCUGGCUGCAGCAUCGCAGGCAACGAUCAAGACCGGCGGCGCGAGUGGUAGCACGCAAGGUAUGGAGGAGGAGGAGCGCAACCGCCAGAAGGCGGCGACGAAGGACGACUCGGCCAUGUCCAUCGACCUCGUCGUCAUGCCUGAAUUUGGUGGCGGUCCCAGACGAGGCGGGCGACGCAACUUUGCUCGUGCAGAGGACGUACCUCGCCGUGGUAUGCCCGGUACGGAGGCCAUUGCGCAAGGCAUCGAGACGAGCGGCGGUGGAGCUCAUCAGCCGCCUGUCGGGUCAACCGCGCCUCACUCGCGCGUCUCACGUAGCGCCAGCACCAGCUCAGAGACGACGGCACGACCUUCUAGCCCUGGUGCCGAAUCGGCCAGCUCAGAUGCUACCACACGCCCAGCAGGUGCAGCAGGCGCCGCGGCCGGUUCAGCGUCUCGCAAGCAGCGCAGCGGCGGUGGAGGUUUCCACUCUGCCCUCACCACGAUGCUUGACCAAUACCGCGGCCAGAAUAUUCCGCAAUCAGCGCGCACCGACACCACGGUUGCACCAAAAGAGCGCGAGCCGAUGACAAUCGCCAAAGCCUGGCAGUAUCUGCCCAUGCUGGUAAGUCAGGGCAUCACCAUCGGCUCGGCCGUUGCCUCGCAUGCAAUCUACGGACCGCCAAAGAAGUCUUGGGGAAUAGAGAUGUCCGUCUUCACGCGUCUGCUCCGCGAGACGGCCAGCUACACGCAAUUUGCUACCGUCGAUGGUAUGCAGCGCUUCUUUGAGCUUGCGUCUUUCCUGCCCGUGCCGAAGGAUGGACUCAUUACACCGGUGACUUUCAGGGUGAAGAAACGCAACCUGAAGGGUUUUCUCAAGGACGUAGACGCUGAGGAGGAUGGCAGCAGAGAGCUGACCGGAGAGUGGGUCGUGGGAAAGCAGACUUGGAGGCGAUUGCAGGCUGAGUGGCGUGGUGGCAAGGCAAAGGGGACAGAGAGGGUCAUUUUGUACAUCCAUGGAGGGGCGUACUUUGUCAUGUCGGCUGUGACGCAUAGGCCCGUGACCAUCUCGCUGUCCAAGUACACCGAGUGCCGCGUCUUCGCCAUCAACUAUCGCCUUGCUCCCGGCUGCAAGUUCCCUGGUCCACUUCACGACUGCGUUGCCGCCUGGUUCCGGCUGACAGACGACCUCGGCAUCCCCGCCAGCAACAUCGUCCUCGGAGCAGACUCGGCAGGCGGUGGGCUCGCCACGGCCCUCAUGUACUACCUGCGCGACAACGGCUACCCUUUGCCCUCCGGCGCGAUCCUCUUCAGUCCAUGGGUUGACCUCACCAUGUCAUGCGACAGCUGGGACACCAACUCGGCCUACGACUACCUCGUCGUACCCGGGUCGCACGACCACAUGAAUCCAGUGCGGGCCUAUUUGGGGGACAAUCUCGACAAGUACAUCACGCACCCCUACGCCUCCCCGCUCUUUGGAGACAUGCGUGGCCUGCCCCCGCUACUCAUUCAAUGCGGCGACGCUGAAUGUCUCCGCGACGAGGUCACCCUGCUAGCGCACAAGGCUUCUCUUGCAGGCGUAGCGGUCCGUCACGAGCUCUACGAGGACUGCGUGCACGUCUUCCAGGCCUUCCUAUUCCUCGAUGCCUCGCGCAAGGCGCUGCAGAGCUGUCGUCACUUUGUGCGAACCGCUCUUGAUAAGCGAUUGGUGGGCGGGCGUGCCCCUGCUGAAGUUGGCAAGGAUGCGCGCGGCAGGAUGGAUCAGGAGAUGAGAGAAAAUAUGGGCAACACGCAAGGGGAGAAGGUCGAGCCUCGCACUGGAGUCAGGAGGGGAGAUUGGAAAGAGGGAAAGCCUGAGAGUGACACAGAGGUAGACACGCCCUCUGGCGGCGGCGGCGGCUCUGCAGUCAAAAGCGGCAAGGAAGGGACAGCCAGCAAGAAAGUCCCUGGCAGUCGUGGAGACGACGACUCGGAUGAGGACUGGGAGCUUCAUCGCCGUGGCUCUUCAGAAGGGGAUCGUCGCCGCUCUUCAAAGGUGGCGGCAGCUGUUCAACCAGGCAAAGCAGUCGGUGCCGCGCUCGGUGUGGGCGACUCUGCCGUGACAGAGAUGGAGAAUGACGACGUUGCAACGGACAAGAGGCGCGAGGCAGCCGACGCCGCGGCUGGCUCAACACGCGUUGGGCAAGCUGCUGAAGGAGCAUCACCCUCGCAGCCCAUGCGACGCAAGAGUCACGAUGCCGCCUCUUCCUCUACGUCGGCCCCUCUGCUCCCGCUCAGCAUUUCCCUCGAAGAGGCGCAACAACGUGCUCAAGCAGGAAUGCGCGCCCAAGAGUCAUCAGGCGCGCCAGCUCUCGCCCGGUUCCAUGAUCCUGCUGCUGGUGGGAACUCAUUUAGGCCCAAGAUGAGGAGGUUGAAGAGUAACGCUGCCAUUCAGGAUCUCAUGGAUCAGUACGAACGACAGCAGGCCGAGCUUCAUACCAGGGUGUUCACGCCUACCGGGGCUGGGCAAGGAGGAGGGGGAAGCGGUUCGUCGUAG